AUGCUUUAUUGCUCCAUUUUUGCCGGCACCGUCGCCAUCAUCGUAAUCAGCUCUGUAGCGCAAGAUUAUGCAAACUGCAGCUGCCAGUUUGAAUGCGGCGAAUUCAGAAUUGGCUACCCUUUCUCGGGGGAAAAACGCCCCCCAGACUGCGGCCUCCCCAAGUUUGCAUCUCGUCUGCAGCGCCGGCGUGUUUCCGAUGAUCGGCAUCCUCGGCAUACCCUACAAGAUCCUCCGAAUCGACCAACCGUCUCGGACCCUUACCGUUCUGCGAGACGGCGUAGAUAA